AUGGCGAGAAGGGGCCGCUUCGCGAUCGUCAACGUUUGGCGGAGUAUUCGCGACGAGCCGGUGAGCGUGUUGCCGUUGGCGUGCGUGGAUGCGGGGACGGUGGACGCGGAGGACUUGUGCGUGUUCGAGAUCCACUACGCCGACCGCAUCGGCGAGAACUACUUCGCCGCCCACUCGCCCCGGCACCGCUGGUAUUACUAUCCAGGGAUGGUCCGCGAAGAGGCCAUGCUGAUCAAGCAGUGGGACUCGGACGGCGCCCUCGUGGGGGGGCCGCACGCGACAUUCGCCCUGCACUCCGCAUUCGUGGACCCCACCACGCCCGAAGGCGCCCACGACCGCGAGUCCAUCGAGGUUCGGUGCGUGUGCGUCUACGAGCCCCUCUCUGAGCCGGCCUAG